AUGCCACGCUUGCGGUCCGGACGUGUUCAGGCGCACUCUCUCGUGGUUGAGACUGCAACCGUGCAGAUCGCGGGUGUUGCUGAAUUGGAUCCCGCUAAGCCAGCUACGUCGGACGCUCUAGGCACCCGUACCACCAGUGCUCCUUUGGGAGACACCAUUGUCACUGAU